UAUGCUUCAUUGAGUUUAUCCUUUAUUUACUUCAUGUGGAUAUUUUUUAUGUACAGUCAGUAGAGUAUUUCUAGCUAAACUUGACUCGUUGUCACCAAAUCAACUGUAUAAAGGAUCAAGAAUCCUUUAUUUUAAAGAUGCUUAUGGAAAAUGAUGCAUUUUUAACAGAGCUCACUAAACUGUUCCAAAAAGGAAAAACAUCAGGCUCUGUCUGCAUGACCAUGAAAAGAUAUGAUGGCAGAUUAAAGCCGAAACCUAGAAAUGGCAAUGUCCCUGAGCCUAAUGAAUACAAAUGUCUUGUCAGGGCUACACUUGGUAACAAAAAAAUAACCACAGUGAUAAAUCAUAAAGAUGUGACCAAGUUUCAAAUGGCAUAUGGGAAUCUUUUGAAGGCCAACAUUGAUGGGUUGAAAAAGAAAGACAAAAAGGCAGCCAGAGGGAGGAAAAAAGCAAAGGCUACACAAUAGUUUCAUUCUAAAUUAAUUUAGGACAAUUUUAUAUAACUUAUUGGGUCUGGAUAAAUCUUUUUGGCAUCUAAUGUUUAAAAAAAAAAGAAGCAACAACAAAAUUUUUUUUUAAAUUUCUAAUUAUUAUUUGCCUGAAACUUGCGCAGCUCAUAUUCACACAUUAAGGGAAAAAAAUUUAAGCCAUUUUUAAUAUGGUAAUCAUGGAAGUUGUGAAACCAAUGUUGUUUUAGAAGGAUUCUAUUCAAGUAUUAUAUAAAUAAUUGAAAUUAAAUUUUAUUUAAAAAGCAUAGCUUCAAAAACUAGUUAACUUUCAAUUGUGGAAUUCUUAGAUUGCAUAUUAAAGGCUGGAUCUAUUAGUGAUGCAUUUAAAAUAGUGUACACAUGGAAGACUAUUCACACUUUGUGCUGUCAAAGUGGUUUGCUUUUUAAAAUCAUUUUGUUGUCCAUUUCUUGUUAUUUUUUAUGUCAUUGAAUAAAAUGUUGGCAACUGUAUUGCUCUAAAUCUAUUAAACAAAAUGGUUUUAAAAAAUUAUUUUAAACAAUGAUAAUAACAGAACAUAAAGGCAUAUUUAUUUAUGUUGUGGCUACUGCUGUAUAUAAAUGUAGGUCUAAUAUUGUAAUAGAGAGAGAAUUCAAAUUUUGUGUGUGUGUAACAUCUUCAAAUAUCAAUACAGCAGAGAUUUGAUAAGAGCCAUGGAAAGGUCAAAACUCAUUGGCUAUCAUAAGGCAUUUAAAACUUUGAUUUAAUAGGUUUUAUUAUUUCUUGUUCAAGUAUCAUGUGAUAUUGAUACCAUGAAAAAGGCUUUUCAGUUGAUUAGACUGUUUCUUUCUCAAGAUAAGUGCAGUAAAUAAAUUGAAAUUUAGCAAUAAUUAAAACAAAUGGAAAUUCAUUAAUUUCUUCAGUUUAAAUGUGAUGCUAAUAAUACAUAUGAGUAUGUGUGCAUGUAUUGUAAAGGUAAUGGAUUGGAUAUUUCAUUACUUUAAUGAGAACAUGUUUUAUUCUUCUUUUCAUAAAUCAAUAAUUAACAAUGGUGGUGUAAUGUGUACAUUUAAAAUCAUUUUUUUCUUCUUUUGAUUGUAUUUAUCAUUGAAUAUUACCAGUUCAAAUGUUGUUUUUUUUCAUUGAACAUUUUUUGAUUGUUCCUGAAUGCAGUAAAUAAUCAUUUAAAAUAUCAA